ACUAAAAGAUCAAAACUACAUGAACAGUUGCUGAAGUCUGAUCUUACCUGGAAGAAGAUAAUAAAGUUUGUCGAUGACAAUUUGGACAAAAAAGAACACCAGACUGUAAAUAGUGACUUAAAAACUAUACUACAAGCUGCAAAACAAAUAGUUGGAGCUGAAAAUGGACAAGAAGCAAUUGAAAGUGGAGCUGUUUUUCUUUUUAAGACGUUUCACAGGAAAGAAUGUGUUGGCCAUGAUGAGACAAAAGCGAUCAAGCAGAUGUUUGGGCCAUUUCCGUCAUCAUCUGCUACUGCAGCUUGUAAUGCCACAUAUCGGAUUGCUUCUCACUUCACUGAAGAACAGCUUACAGCCCUCAUACAGAUGGCUGAAGAGAAAAAUGGUGAUAACAGAGUGUUCUUCGGUAAAAAUAUAGUGUUUUCAUUUGACAUGCAUGGCUUGGAUCACUCUGAGGAGCUGCCUGUGAAUGGUGAGGCCGAUGCACAGAAAAUUAUAAGCUUAGAUUAUAACAAAUUUCUGAAUAACCAGCUGAAUCACUUACAGAAUUACUGUGAUGAGAAAUCUGAUCUCAAGUGUUCGGAAAAAAUAGACGAUUCUUUUUUAUGGUGUGAAGUUGGAAAGUAUCUGAAUGAAUCCCAAGGGGGUACCCCGGGAGGGCCAACAACAGAAGACCUCUGCUGUACUUUGUACGAGAUGCUUGCUUCUACCAAAAGUGGCGAUGAACUUCAAAAUGAG